GACAAUAAUAAAAAAGUUAUGAAUUUUUUAAAAGUUGUAAAAAGUUGUAAUCAUUAUAGCCAUGGGCACUUAAAUUGACCACUUUGAUGAUGUCACUGUGUAAGGUAGGGACUAUUUUUCCAUUUGCUGUGAUAGAUAAAAUGGUUAAAAUUUAAUUUGUUCCCACAGUUUGACUUGAAAUUAAACUUUUCUUUUCUUAGGACAUGGCACAUUGUGCUAGUUAUGUCAUAAAUUGAUUACUGCUGAGGGAACGUACUGAUGAGAAAAGCACAAAUUUCUGAAAAUUAAGUACACAGCCAAUUGGAAAUGCUCUGUAUAUUAUAUAAUGUAUAAAUGUUGUUUCUGAAAGUGUUUGAUGGUUAAGUUAAGAAGGAAGAGCAUUGAAAAAGUCAAAGUUGAAUAUAUAAAUUUUGCAUUUGAGCUAUGGUAUAUAGUUAUAAAGUGUAUUGUUUAUAUUUCUUGAUUUAAUGUCAGGUGUAGGCAUAAAGGUACAUGUAAAAAGUAUAAUUGGAGAUGUGGCAUUAUGAAUGGUAAUUCGUUAACGGUGGUACCUGAAUGUUAGUGCCUAGUACUGGUGAUGAGAGAUUGUAAAUGGUUAUUAAUUGUGUUUAUUUCUGUUGAAGAUGUUUGUAGUGAUAUUUUUCAUGUAAGGUUGAAAUUAUGGUAAUAUAGUGAUAAUUUGGUUGAAUUUGUUACUCUUUUUUUUUUAAAGCUAAAAGCACUUACAUUGACAUUAUUAGAUUAUUAUUAUUUGUGUAAAGUAGCGAGUUUUUCAUUAUUAGUGAUGAUAUGUGUAAUAAUCAGUUUGAGGAGUGUAGGAUAGUGAUUGAAGUAUUGUGGUUAUGAAAUACUUGUGUAUAGAAAUUAGAUCAUAAAGGAGGAUUAGAAAUUAUUAGAAUUUAUUGCUCAGUGAUUUAGGUCUAUUAUAUAAAAAAUGUUAAUUUAAUUAUGACUAUGAGUGAAAUUUGAUGAAAGGAGGAAGGAUAGUAAUAUUUAGUUUGUAUAUAAUGUAGAAGUUAAUUUUAUAAAUUGCAAUGGAAAAUAAGUGAGUAAAAUGUUAAGAUGUUUUGUAUAGUUUAUAGAUUUGUAAUACAUAAAUUUUAAUGGUGUUGAAUGAUGUUUUUUUUUUUUCUUCUUUGUUUAUUACAGGAUAUUGCAGCUUUCCUUAAUUUUAGAAGAGGAGAAUUCUUCUCAGUUAGAGGCGGAGUUCUGGAUAUGUUAAAACAGAAAUUGAGUAUUGGAGUCGAUAGCAAGAUCUUUCCGAUUGCAAAACCAUUUAUGGUAGAAGAUAAGAUCAUUGAGGGAUUCGACAGUCCCCCAUUUAUGAGGAUGUCUGAGGUGAAAUCGAGCCCUAGGAAACGCAGGGUGUCUGUCAAAGGAGUGGUUGUACAGGUUGGAGAGGUGAAGAGGUAUAAAGAAACGAAAGUGAGAAAGAUUGACGUACAAGAUGACGGUGGCGGCCUCAUUGAAGUCUCAAUGUGGGGAAGUUCUGUGGAUAUUGAUGUAUCGAAAGCGUCAAAACUGAUAUUUAGAAAUGUCCAGAUAGGAAACUCAACGUGGUGCGCUUCUGUUGAAUCGACUGCGUCAAUGACAGUUGAAUGUGUUGAUGAGGACAAGACUGUUCUUGGCGAUGUUGUUUGUGUGGGGUCUAGUGGGUAA